AUGCCUUCAGACGAAGAAUUAGAUAUUGGAAAUUUGUUUGGAUUAAAUAAAGAUGACCAUACUAAAGCUUCCUUGUUAAAACGUUCAAAUGUGCCAGAUGAACAUUUUAUUUACCCAUUUUCUAUUCACAACAAAAAUGGAAAAGAUGGGCUAUUAGAAACACAUCAAAAUAAUGACUAUCAUAAAAAUUGUGUUCAAUUUUCUUUCGAUUUUCAAAAAACUUUUUCAAACCCAAAUAAAGUUGUAAUUAACAUAAUUGAUACUGAACGUAUGAAACAAAUUAAAGAAAAUAGAGAGCGCUUAGUACCAAUAAUUGAGAGUAUCAUGUUCUUAGGACGCCAAAAUAUUGCUUUAAGAGGACAUAAAGAUUAUGGUAUACUUUCUUCUGAACCUCAUUCAUCAGAAACUGUUAUUAAUGAAGGCAACUUCCGAGAAAUUUUAAAGUUUAAAAUUUUAUCAGGUGACAAAACUCUUGAAAAUCAUUUAAAAAAUAAUAAUGCAAAAGCAACUUAUAUAAGUCCCACAAUUCAAAAUGAAUUAAUAGAGUGUAUUAGAAAAGAAAUUAUAUUUAAAAUCAUUAAAGAUAUUGAACAGGCUAAGUACUACAGUAUUAUAUUCGAUGAAACAACUGAUGUCUCAACAGUCUCUCAAAUGAGUUUAAGUAUCAGAUAUAUUUACUCUGGAAAAGUUUUUGAAAGAUUUGUUACAUUUAUUGAUUGUCAUUCAUCUAUGGACAAUGACAAUGAAGACAGCGAUGAAGUAGAUUUAAACCAGAUAGAACCAAAAUUGACUGGAGAAUUUCUUGGUGAUAUAGUUAUACAAAUGAUGUCCAAACUUGGCUUAAAAUUUGAUAAUUGUGUAGGUAUUUCUACUGAUGGCUGUGCAGUGAUGGUUUCUACUAUAGUUGGGGCUGUUCAGCGUAUUCAACAGUCAACAAAAAAUGCAAUUCAUUGUCCUUGCAAUAAUCAUGCUCUGAAUCUAUCAAUUUCAAAGUCAUCUACAGUUCAAUCCAUUCGUAACUGUAUUGGUAUCAUGGAACAAGUUAUAUCUUUUUUUAACGCAUCAGCUAAACGCAAUUUCAUUUAA